AUGGAGAUAAAAGAUUUCGCACCAGGCACAGUGGUGAAGUUCGAAUGUGAGGGCGGGCUGCAGCUGAGAGGCACGCCUUACCGGCAGUGUAUGAUGAACGGGACUUGGAGUGGUGUGGACCCGUGGUGCGAGGGCAACGUGUGUCCUCCACCAAAAAGUAUACAGCAUGGCCAAUUCCGCAUUGAGGGACGUGGUCGUAAGAGCAGGCUGAUCUAUAAGUGCGACGAGGGGUACGUGCUCCAAGGGAGGAGAAUAAGGAGAUGCAGAAGGAAUUUCAAAUGGAGCCAUUCAGACCCAACGUGUAUCAUUCAGCCCACAUGCGUGGACCCAGGGGAGAUCGCUAACGGCGAGCGGUACGGGUCGUGUUGUGUGAUGGGAAGCAGGCUGCACUUUGAGUGCCACUCAGGGUACGAGAUGGCCGGACCUGGGGAGAUCAAGUGUGUCGGCAGGGGACACUGGGACCAAGCCCCGCCCAAGUGCACAGCCCCGAUAUAUUGUGAAGAGCCUGGAGAGUUAGAAAACGGCAGAAAAGUUCCCGAUGCCCAUGGCGGCAUCUAUCAACCCGGAUCAACACUGAAGUAUGCUUGUAAUCGUGGGUAUUAUUUCGCAACUUUUGAGGAAAAUGUGGAGUUUACAUGUCUUAAAAGUGGAUUGUGGGAUGAUAUGCUCAAAUAUCACACUUGUUUAGUCUGGACCUGUCCUCAGCCACUAGCCCCAUAUGACGGUGUCAUCCUGGAGGAAGACCGCCCCACAUUCCAGGCCGGCGACAUCGUCCACUACCGCUGUGCUCACGGCUUUAAAAUCUUCGGCCCCAGCAGCAGGGAGUGUUCCGUGUUUUACGAGGGCUGGAGUGGGUGGGAACCGGCCUGUAGACCUGUACGGUGUCCGGACCCACGAUGGCCAGAGAAUGGACGUAGAAUUGGCAGUGCGUUCCACCUGGGAGGUAGCGUGCUGUUUACUUGCUUCAGCGGGUUCCGGCACCUGGGCUCCGUGAUGAGAACGUGUCAGGCUAACGGCAGGUGGAGCGGCACCACUGCCACAUGUGAUACGGGGAAUACCCAUUGUCCAGUUCCCGUUGUUCCACUGAACGGUUACAAGAAUGGCCACGGCUACAAUGUGGGCGAUUCUGUACGAUUUAGCUGCAAACCUGGACACGUUCUUCUCGGGUCGGAGGAAAGAAAGUGUCUCUCCACUGGGGAAUGGUCAGGUGACCAGCCUCGUUGUGAAGACCCAGAAACAUUUGAAGAUACUGCAGAAAUCGCCAAACGGCUAAAACAAGUCACUGAUGCGCUGUCUCUUUCCUCUUCAUCGAGUAAAACGGCAGUGGCGAGACAGGACGGAGACCGUUUGGCGUCCAAUGGUCUAGACGUCUUCUUAAUAUUCGACUCCACGCGUUUCAUUGGGAACGUUUCUUUUGGUCGUGGUUUGGAAUUUGCAAAGCAUGUUAUUUAUGAGUUUGGGGUAUCAUCUCAGUCAUCCGGGACCCAGUUUGGUGCCAUAACCCUAGACGUUGACUUUACAACCCCGGCACUAGAGAAAGAACGCGGCUUUCAUAGCUACGAUCAUUCAAGUGAACAGGAGAUGCUUGAUGCUUUGGAUAACAUUUUGUAUACAGGAAAUGACGGUGUUGGCGUCGACGUUGCCCUUGGAUACCUAAGUGACGUGAUGAUUCCAAAGGCGGUUAAGAAACGAGGGUCUGCCAAUUCUACUAAAACAGUGAUUUUCUUUACUGACGGAAAUCACAUUUUCGGCGAUGAAUAUAUACAAAAAGCUGAGGAACUCAAGAAUCGACACGACGUACGCAUUAUCACUUUUGGGUUUACGGCAUCUGCCCACAACCAGACUUUACGACAACUUGCGUCCAGGCCGACAGAAAACAAUGUGUUUAUUUUGAGAGAUUAUUUUGAACUUCGGACUCUGAGGGACGCAAUGAAUAAUAUGAACAUUGAUUACUCUAGCUGUGGAAAAACGAUGGCAGAGACUGACUUAUAUAAGAUUGACCACAGCGAGAGUUCCAGUGAACAGACAUGGCCGUGGGUGGUUGGCAUAUUCUCCAGCGAGACGGAGCAUAUAGAGAGAAAUCAGAUCCCGUUUGUGUGCACGGGGACGCUGGUGGACGAGUACUGGGUACUCAGCAGCGCCAGUUGUCUGGAAGGGCGAGCGGUGGGGAAGGCGUACGUGAAAAUAGGUUCACAUAAAGUUGAAGUAUUACACGUUCACACAUACGACCAGAACCAGACGAGUGCUGCCCCUGGUUACAACAUUGCUCUGUGGUAUCUGGCAGAAAGAGUCUCGUUCAGUCCCUACGUGAGGAAGAUCUGCCUGCCCAAUACGCUAGAUUUAAGCCUAUUUGACUAUGACGAUUUAACCACAUUCCGGAGACCAGGAAUGGACCAUCUUGGUGUAAGUGCCACCUGGCGGCAGACUGCUGAUCAACCCAGAAUACUACAGAAAUUACAGAAAAUUCGCCCACCAGAUGACUGUCAAUCAAGACGUCAACCAACAAAUGAACACGAACUUUGCGCAGUUGCCUUUAAUUCUACCAGUGCAGUAAAGAGUGGCUGUCAUCAGCGAGGUGAUGGAGCUCUGUUCAGGAGGCUCAUGAAGAAGGAAUCCAGAGAGGAAAUCUGGAUACAAAUCGGUGUCGCUGCGCACAGCAUGAGCACAGACUGCAGACAUGGUGAUAGUAACAUUUUAUUUACUAAGUUGAACCAUUUAAUGUCGUGGAUUCAGGAUCAUAUAACAAGGUCUAAGACAGAGUAAUCCUGUGUUAAUACCUGUAUAAGACACAGAGAGCGCCUCGCACAGUGUGCAACAUCAAGAUGACGUGAUGCAGCAAGAUGCAUUUUAGCAUGUAAUAUUUGCAUUGUGUCAAUGAGUACGUGUAUGGGGUAAAAAUGCACCCUUUGGGGAUGGCGAUAUAUUAAAACAAACGGAAUAUACAAUGACAAUGAUGUAUAUGCAACUCCCUGCGUGACUUCUGUAUAAAGGCCGUUAUAAAUGAGAACGAGAAUACUGUUUCUGUCACGGCAAAACACAUAGUUCAACUUGAAAGUUUUACGGUUAUUUCUCACUCAUAAUCCACAUUUGUACAUAUGAUAUGAUAUAGUGAGAAAGAAAGAUAGAAAAAGCAUAUAUGUUACACUGAAAUGAAAUAUCUGGAAAAUGUAUAUUGUACACCAAUGACAUUACAAGAUAAUGACAAAAGCUGGAAUAAAAUAUAGAUA